AUGAUGUUACCUCGCUCUGAUGAUUUCCGUCAUAUGAUGGACAAAAGCUCAGCACGUGUUCACCGGAAUCGAAGGAAAUUGCCUCGGAAACAGCGUCAGCAUGAAUUUUCCAGUAAAGACAAUCGACAGCUGGUCAAGAGAAAUUCGCCGUCGUCUUCUGGUGGAACCGACCUUCGAAUCACUUUACCCAACACUUCUACUCGAAAUGGAAGUAAUCCCAACAAUUUUGAAACAAGAGAUUCCUCGAACCCCAACUUUUCUUCCUUUCGUGAUUCCGAAAAUCCGUUUUUUAUCCUACUGGUUGACCGGUUUUAG